AGCAGAAAAUCGCACAGCUCCACAUCCGCCACCUCUCUCUCUCUCUCUGGCACAUACCGAAAUGCCGAGACCCGGAAGGCCAUUGUCGCCUCUCCACCUGCGUACUCUCCUCCGAUUCUUCUCUUCAUCUCCACGACAAUCAUACCAUUACCAUCCCGAGCUUUGUCUCUCUCAACCCUCCUUUCUCUCUCCGCCACACUACCACCAUCACAAACCCACUACCCACUUUCUGUCUCUAUCCUUUUCUGUGUCCUCCAAAUCCUUUUCUUCUGAUGCCGACCAAUUUCCAGAAACCCCCGACGAAGACAUAGCCCAAUCUCUUUCCUGCGAGCUCCUCAAAGACCCAAAUUCAGACUCCCUCUCUGUCUCCCAGCGCCUUGACCUUUCAUUCUCUCACAUCACUCUAAGCCCUGCCCUAAUCCUCUCUACACUUAAUCUUUCCCCAGAUGCUGGCCGCACAGUCUUGGGAUUUCUCAAAUGGGUCAUUGCGAGGCCUAAUUUUCACCCCACCGAUGAAAUAAUUUCAUAUUUUGUGGAUUACUUCGGCCGAAGAAAAGAUUUCAAAGCUACCCAUGAUGUCCUUCUUGAUGGCCGUGAUAUUUCUGGGCCUAAAAGUUUAGCAUCUAUUGUUGAUAGGCUUGUUAGGGCUGGUAGACCCACACAUUUUGUGUCUUUGUUUGACAGAAUGGAAAAAGAUUAUGGGUUUGUGAGGAAUUUGGAGUCUUUAAAAUUGAUUGUGGAGAAAUUGUGUGAACAUGGGUUUGCUAGUUAUGCAGAGAAAAUGGUGAAGAAUUUGGCAAACGAGUUUUUUCCUAACGAAUAUAUAUGUGAUUUAUUGAUUAAGGGGUGGUGUGUUGAUGAAAAGCUUGAGGAGGCAAAGAGAUUAGCAGGGGAGAUGUAUAGGGGAGGGUUUGAGAUUGGUCCGUUAGCAUAUAAUGCGAUUCUUGAUUGUGUGUGUACACUUUGUAGGAAAAAGGAUCCGUUUCGGCUUCAAUCCGAGGCUGAGAGGGUGUUGGUGGAAAUGGAGACAGCAGGUGUUCCACGGAAUGUGGAAACUUUCAAUGUUUUGAUUAGUAAUCUGUGUAAGAUUAGGAAGACUGAGGAAGCAAUGAAUGUGUUCUGUAGAAUGAAAGAGUGGGGAUGUCAUCCUAGUGAGACAACAUUUCUUUUGCUUAUUAGGAGUUUGUAUCAGGCGGCGAGGGUUGGAGAAGGUGAUGAAAUGAUAGAUAAAAUGAAGUCUGUGGGAUUUGGGGACGCACUUGAUAAGAAGGCAUAUUAUGAGUUUUUGAAAAUUCUGUGUGGGAUUGAGAGGAUUGAUCAUGCUAUGAGUGUUUUUGCAAAGAUGAAGGAGGAUGGUUGUAAACCGGGGAUCAAGACUUAUGACUUGUUGAUGGGGAAGUUGUGUGCACACGGACGUGUGGAUAAAGCAAAUGCUCUCUAUAAAGAGGCUGAGAGUAAUGGGGUUGAUGUGGAGCCCAAAGCUUAUAAGUUGGAUCCUAGGUUUGUGAAGAAGCCUACGGUAGUGAAGAAGGAAAAGAAGCGGGAGACGUUGCCAGAGAAGAUGGCAAGGAAGAGGAGAAGUCUUAAAAAACUCCGGCUAAGCUUUGUGAAGAAGCCAAAGCGGGGGAUGCGGCGAGCUUUUUGAUCUCUCUCAAAAUUUUACAAUGAAUUUUAGUUCUUUUUAGAAUUUUGUGUACUUAUUUUUAUGUUCUUGUCAUUUUGAUCCUAUCGCUGGCAAGAUUAGGAAUAAAACUUGGUUCAGAGUAGAUUUUUAUCCUUAUAUGGCUUCAUAAGAACCAUAGUUUUGUUCUGAGGAAGAAACACACCAUCACCGGGAAUCUUUAUGUUGCUUCACUCAAAAGCCGCUUUAGCUAUCAAAUGCAGAAUUUGCAGAUUCAUAUGAAAUUACUCCUUUUCCAAGAAAUGUUUCUAUGUUAGUAGUGGUGAUGAUAUAGGUGUGGACCUUGUGGUUCAUGUAAAAUAGUUGUGGCAUGUUGUGCUUCCAAUGUGAUUUACAUAGUCCUUCCCAGUGCGAUUUCCUCAUUUUCUAUUGGUUUCUUUCAAUGCUAGCAUUAAUUGAAUUUUCUUCUUUCCUCCCCUCUCCCCUCCCCCUUUCC